GAGAACCACUGCUUGCGCAUAAAGAUCCUGGGGGAUUGUUACUAUUGUGUCUCUGGAUUGCCUGAGGCCCGCGCUGAUCAUGCUCACUGCUGUGUGGAGAUGGGAGUUGACAUGAUUGAAGCCAUCUCGCUGGUGCGAGAAGUGACCGGUGUCAAUGUAAACAUGCGUGUGGGGAUCCAUAGUGGACGAGUUCAUUGUGGUGUCCUUGGUCUGCGCAAGUGGCAGUUUGAUGUGUGGUCUAAUGACGUGACUUUGGCCAACCAUAUGGAAGCUGGUGGUAAAGCAGGGCGGAUUCACAUCACUAAUGCAACCUUAAAUUACCUGAAUGGGGAUUAUGAGGUGGAGCCAGGUUAUGGAGGUGAGAGGAAUGCCUAUCUGAAGGAGCAUGAUAUCAGAACCUUCCUGGUGACUGGAUGUAGCCAAAAGAGGAAAGAUGAAAAGGCAAUGCUGGCAAAACUACAAAGGGCAAGAGCAAAUUCAAAUGAAGGCCUUACAAGAGUUUGGGUACCAGAGAGAUCUUUUCCACGCAACAAAGGCUCCAAAGCCUUUCGACAAAUGGGCAUUGAUGAAUCAAGCAAAGACAACAGAAACACACAAGAGGCUCUUAAUCCAGAGGAUGAAGUUGAUGAGUUUCUGGCAAGGGCAAUAGAUGCAAGAAGUAUUGACCAGUUGCGAAAAGAUCACGUUAAGAAAUUUAUUCUCACAUUCCAGACCCCAGAUUUGGAGAAAAAGUAUUCCAAAAAAGUGGAUGAUCGCUUUGGAGGUUAUGUGGCGUGCACCCUGUUGGUCUUCUGCUUCAUUUGUUUUAUCCAAAUUGUCAUCUUUCCCCAUUCCUUUCUAAUGCUUGGUGUGUACACGAGCAUCUUCAUCAUUCUGGUCAAUAUCCUGUUUGUGUGUGCGGUGUACUCCUGUAUAAAGCUUUUCCCAACAGCCUUGCAACGGGUGUCGCGAAAGAUUGUCCAGUCACGAACAAACAGCACCCUCAUUGGUAUUUUCUCCAUUUUAUUAGUAUUCACCUCUGCCUUUGUUAACAUGUUUGCCUGUAAUCACCAGAGCCUAGCUGAAUGUGCUGUCCAAGAACUGAACAUUAGUCAAGAUUCUGUCAAUGCCUGUCACUUUCAAAUGCUCGACUUUAAUAUGAGCAUGGAAACUACUCCCUGCGGCUCUGAUCGACCAUCUUGCAACUUUCCUGAGUACUUCAACUACAGCAUUCUGCUGAGCCUGCUGGCCUGCUCCGUGUUUCUUCAGAUCAGCAGCAUUGGAAAACUGGCUCUCAUGUUGUCCAUUCAGGUUAUCUACAUUAUUAUCGUAGAAGCGCCUGAGGUUGUUCUCUUUGACAACUAUGACCUGCUGGUGACUGCAAAUGCACUCUCCUUCAAUCAAACUGAAGAAGGUGAACAGUGUGUUGUAGGAAGUAAGAUACCUCUGAAGUAUGUCACCCCUGUCAUCUUGACCGUUUUUGUGUUGGCUCUAUACCUCCACGCUCAGCAGGUGGAGUCUACAGCUCGGUUGGAUUUCCUUUGGAAGCUACAGGCAACCGGAGAAAAGGAGGAAAUGGAGGAGCUGCAAGCUUACAAUAGGCGUCUCCUACACAACAUUCUCCCGAAAGAUGUGGCAGCACACUUCCUGGCUAGAGAACAUCGAAAUGAUGAACUGUAUUAUCAGUCCUGUGAAUGCGUAUGUGUCAUGUUUGCCUCAAUCAGCAAUUUCUCAGAAUUCUAUGUUGAGCUAGAGGCCAACAACGAAGGAGUGGAGUGCCUGCGUCUACUCAAUGAGAUUAUUGCCGACUUCGAUGAGAUAAUCAGCGAAGAAAGAUUCCGGCAGUUAGAGAAGAUUAAGACUAUUGGCAGUACUUAUAUGGCAGCUUCAGGCCUAAAUGAUACAACGUAUGAUAAAGAGGGGAAGACACACAUUACAGCCUUAGCAGACUACGCAAUGAAACUGAUGGAGCAGAUGAAAUAUAUAAAUGAGCAUUCCUUCAAUAACUUCCAGAUGAAGAUUGGGCUUAACACUGGGCCUGUUGUUGCCGGUGUUAUUGGCGCCCGUAAACCCCAGUAUGAUAUUUGGGGAAACACUGUGAAUGUAGCCAGUCGAAUGGACAGCACUGGAGUACCAGACCGCAUACAGGUUACAACUGAUCUGUACCAGGUCCUGGCAGCCAAAGGUUAUCAGCUGGAGUUCCGAGGGGUUGUUAAAGUCAAAGGGAAAGGUGAAAUGACCACCUAUUUCCUCAAUGAUGGGCCGGCCAGCAGUUAGCAGGAACCGCUGCUUUCAGGGGAGGGAGGAAAUAGAAGCCUCAUCCUGACCCCAUGCAGAGUACCCAGAACAAUAAGGAAGCUACCUACAUGAUCUGCAGCAAUGCAGGUGCCAGGGGGCUCAGUGGUGCCAAAGCCUCGCACCUGAAAUGGAGAGCUUGGCAGGAGCGUGUUUGUAUGGUGCUGUGCUCAGUGUCUGUGCUGCCCUGCCCAGGAGACUGACUCACCUUUACAAUGAAAGCCAACUGCAGCAGCUUUCACCUUGGCACUUAAAAUACUCACAGACGGUACUUACAAAUUAUUUAUUGUGAACCAGACAUCAUGCUAUUUUCUUUUUUUUCUCUUCUUUAUUUUUUUAUUGUAUUGGUUUAAAAGACAGCAAGAGAAUCAUUUUAAAACAGACUUUUCAAAGACAAAAAAAAGAAGCUUCUCAUAAAAACUGACCAAAGAGCCAGACGUACGGGCCACAGCAGGGACUGAGGGCAUUGCCUUGUAUGUUUAUAUGCGCUGUAUGUUUUCUCUACCGUGAGUGAGUAAUAUGUUUCCAGCAGCAGAUGGAACAGUUCUCUAUACGAUCUGCAGUAACCCCUGCAGGGAUGGAAAAAGGGCGACAAAAUCUCUGUAGCUCAGUACUUUGCUUCAGUUCCAUGUCAUCGCUGCCAUCUGUACGGUUCUGCACUUCCUCGCUUCCAGCCAAUGGAGACAAGCAAACAGGAGAUGAUGAUAUAUCUACAUGGAACUGUCAGAAGUUCCAUUUUAGUGCAUUUUUGCUUUGACUUUCCCCUUGCAUCUUCGGACAGAGUUGCUUGGGAACCACAUCCUAAUAACAGGUGUCAGCAUCCUCUGCCUAUUUUGAUCCCUUUGCUGAAUUGCCUUUGAUUCUUUAGAUGAACUUGUGCAGUGGCAUGAGGAGAAUUAUGUGCUUAUCUGUCCACACCCAACAACACACUUGUGCUCUUUUUUUUUCCCUUCACUGUGAAGCUGUUGUUUUCUAUGUCUCGUUUGCCAAAUUUCACAACCAGCCUGCGGAAUAAGAGAGUCUUGGGAUUGAAGAAAAGGGAUUAAUGCUUCAUCUGAUAAGGGCAGAAAAGACUGUUUUAGGUACUAGCUGGCCUAUGGAUUCUUCAGGCUGCAAGGAUAGCAAGCGCCUUAAUCCUUAAAUA